AUGUAUAAACGAGUCGCACAGGAUAUAGCGCUACAACUAAUCUUCUUCGAUGGUGAAGAAGCGUUUGUAGACUGGACCGAAACUGAUUCUCUCUACGGAUCUCGUCAUCUUGCCAAGAAGUGGGAAACCAAAUGGUAUCCCACUACAACUGGCACAAACUUUGAACUGAGUCGAGAAAUCGAUAGGAUAGUGAAAGCGGAAUUACGCCAAGUUGGUUGUGCCAAUGUACCUCGUAAUGUAUUCUAUGGAAGUUUGUCGCCCCAUGCUGUGGAAGAUGACCAUAUUCCAUUCAUGAAGCGGGGAGUGCCCAUUCUCCAUUUGAUCCCAGUUCCAUUCCCACACGUGUGGCAUACUGCAGCAGACAACGAGAAGGCGCUGCAUUAUCCGACAAUCUAUCAUAUGACAUCCAUACUCAGAGUAUUUGUGGCGCGAUAUCUAGGAAUCGCCCCCUUAUGA